AUGCUCGCCAACACGUCCAGCGCCCCGCAAACUACAACCGUAGACAAAAAAGCAUCAUUGAAAGCCCGUCUCAGAAGCGAGCUGGAUGAGUCUCUUGUAAAACUCGCUCAAAAGUCCACCCAGUUGGAAGAAAAGACAUCACAGCAUGAAAUACUCACGAAAAUAAACUCGGCCCUCCAUACCGAGAUAAAAAGCAUCAGAUCACAGUUAAAGGAUCAGAUGGAUGCCUCAAAGGGAAUAGAGGACUCGUUUUGGGCGUUGGCUCGUAUUGUUGUAGGGGAUGCUGAAAUCGCUUCAAAGGAUGUUGAUCAUGUUAUGCAAGUCGCUCAACAACGCAUGGAUGUCGAUCUGCAAUCACCACAACCGAUGCAGACGCCUAGUGACGAUGAGCAUUUGGCUGCUCUGUCGCGGAUCUUGUAUGGGGAUUUGAAGCUUACGACUAGCAAAGGCGCAUGGAAGGCCGUCUGUGCCGACAUAACCACCCUCAAGAACGAAGCCAACGCACAAACCUCCCUCGUAGCCCAAUACGAAGCCCAGAUCCAAACCCUCCUAUCUCAGCACCGCUCAUACGAAACAUUGCUCGGCCAAGUCGCUCAGGAAGCUGCAUCACGAACAUCCCAGCUUGAUUUCGAAAAAAACCAAAUCAUGCGAGAGGCUAUUGAACGUACGUCUGCAUCUGACAAUGAACGAUUACGGGUUGAGAAUAUUGCUAGUGAGCUUAUGAUGAAGGGGAAUGAGGAAGUCGCUCGGCUGGUUAGAGAGCUGGAGGCGUUGCAGGCUAUGGAUAGAGAUAAUGUUGCGGUCAAGACAGAGUUGGAGAAUCGGUUGUCGGUUAUGCGAGAGGUGGUGAAUAAGCAGGCCGCACCACACUUCUUGGGAAGUGCUACUUUAGGUCGUUUAGUGUACGGAGACUUGCACAAAAGCUUUGCAACUCACUGGAAGCCCGACAGUGAAGCCAAAUCAUGCUCACAAUGCUCUCGUGCAUUCGGCACCUUAACUCGAAGACACCAUUGCAGGAGCUGUGGGGAUGUGUUCUGUGCAUCUCAUGUUGCCAAACAGCUUAAUCUCACUCUAGGAGAUCUGACUAUUUCAAGCACACUUGGGGUUUCUGGUAAAGUGUGUGAUGCGUGCUUUAAUCGGCUUCAAGGCAAUACGAUUCUUGACCUGGAAUCUUUGCAUCAGGGUGAUGUUGUAGCUAUGGAAUUGUAA